AUGGCCAUUUCCUACGCAAGUGGACUUCCAGCGGAUCAUACUCCUGCUCUUCCGUCAUUUCGAGAGCUACUCCCGCCUCAUCUCCAUGAUGAGAUCGAAUCGACCUCAUAUUUCACUUCCCGCCAGCACGCGCGCGAGCGGCCUACAUCAGCAGCUCACGAAUUGACGUCCAAUCCCCGCCCUUUCUCUGAUCGUCCCUAUGGAUCGCCCCCGAAAUUGCCAUUCGAUUAUGCCGCCCGGUCGAGUGAACCCCAAAGCCGUAUGGCUGGUCACCCGACCGACCCCAUUACAGGCUCUCCUCGCUACGCUUCUCGUGGCCCCAGUCCCAUUCUACCAUCCAUUCGGGACCUUCAGUCGCUCCCUGAACGGGGAUUGAAUACAUCGGGCGCUGCUUACCCAGAACCAAGGGCCCUUUCUCGACCGGACUUCGCAGCGCAGGAAUUCAGGGCGGGCCCGGUUGGCCCCCACGCAUAUCCCCCAACCAACAUUCCAGGCACAGUACCGGGUGAUCGGAGGAGCGUGGAUUCUUUCCCAGUCAUGCCCAAUCAGACUGGCUAUGCCUAUCCCGCAAUGGGUUACCAGAGCGAUUCCGAACAACCGUCUCCGCAAUCCCUCUCUCAUGCUCAGCAAUCAAAUUUCGGUAUCCUCGGGGAUUCGAUUGACCCCAAGAACAAGCGGAGACGGGGCAACCUGCCCAAGCCUGUCACAGACAUUCUGCGUGCAUGGUUCCAUGAGCAUCUUGACCAUCCGUAUCCCAGUGAAGAGGACAAACAGAUGUUCAUGACCCGCACCGGACUCACUAUCAGCCAGAUCAGCAAUUGGUUCAUCAAUGCUAGACGGCGCCAACUUCCUGCUCUCCGGAACCAAAUGCGAAACGGCGGAAACGACAUUGACCCUCAAAGGCAAUCUCCCUUCAGUGACAUGGACCAGACGUCCCCGGAAUCAAUGCCGUCUCCUCACCAAAUUGUCAAAUCAUAA